AAUCAAUAUCGGUCAAAACCCUAGAGAAGACGGGAAAAGAGAUCCAGUCCGAUUUCGCUCAAUAUCUCCCACAAUAAUCUUUCGUUCACUUCUAUUAGUUGUCUUUCUCUAGGGUUUUCGUUUUCUCCUUUCGAUACGCGAGCAAACAUGAAUUUCGUAGCCAUUGAAGGGUUUUUAUUUUGUUUUAUUAUUCGGGCAGUUAUCUAGUCUGUUAUAACAAUGGCUGGUCAGAGAAAUAGUUAUGGAAAGCGUGCCCAUUCUCAGUCCGACUAUUCAGAAAAUGGAGGACAUAAAAGGAGGAAUCCUGGUGAGGAAAGAGAACAAUUUGUCAUUGAUUCGGAAGAUACUGUGUACCGAUAUUUGUGCCCUGUGAAGAAGAUAGGAAGCAUCAUAGGGAGGGGAGGGGAGAUUGUCAAGCAGCUAAGGGUGGACACAAAAUCGAAGAUUAGGAUUGGUGAGACAGUCCCAGGAAGUGAGGAGCGUGUUGUUACUAUAUACAGUAUGAGUGAGGAGAGUAACGCCGUCGAAGGUGGCAAUCAUGUUUGCCCUGCUCAGGAUGCUCUCUUUAGGGUCCAUGAAAGGGUUGUUGCUGAAGACUUGCAUGGUGAUGAGGAUAGUGAAGGAAGUCAUCAAGUUACUGCUAGGCUUCUUGUACCUUCUGACCAGAUUGGCUGCAUUAUUGGAAAGGGAGGCCAGAUAGUACAGAACAUUCGUAGUGACACUGGUGCUCAGAUUCGCAUUCUCAAGGAUGAGCAUCUGCCUUCUUGUGCCCUGAACUCUGACGAGCUUGUACAGAUAUCUGGUGAUGCUCCAGUUGUCAAAAAGGCUCUCUAUCAAAUUGCAUCUCGCCUUCAUGAUAAUCCAUCGAGAUCUCAACAUUUGCUCACAUCUGCUGCGCCUAGUGUAUAUCCUUCUGGCGGUUCACUCAUGGGUCCAGGUGCUGGUGCCCCAAUUGUGGGAAUAGCUCCUCUGAUGGGCCCCUAUGGAGGAUAUAAAGGUGAUGCUGGAGAUUGGUCACGUUCUUUGUAUUCGGCUCCUAGGGAUGAAGGUUCUUCAAAAGAAUUCUCUCUUCGUUUGGUUUGUCCAACUGGAAAUAUUGGGGGUGUGAUUGGGAAGGGUGGUACCAUAAUUAAUCAGAUCAGACAAGAAUCUGGGGCAGUCAUCAAGGUUGACAGUUCCGCAACUGAAGGAGAUGAUUGCUUGAUAACUGUUUCUGCCAAGGAGUUUUUUGAGGAGUCAUAUUCUCCGACUAUUGAAGCAGCAGUGCGCCUGCAACCAAAAUGCAGUGAGAAAGUUGAAAGGGAUUCAGGAAUUAUCUCAUUCACAACCCGUCUACUUGUGCCUACAUCACGAAUUGGCUGCCUUAUUGGUAAAGGAGGUGCCAUUGUAACUGAAAUGAGGAGGGCUACCAAAGCCAAUAUUCGUAUACUUGCUAAGGAAAACCUUCCAAAAAUUGCAUCUGAAGAUGAUGAGAUGGUUCAGAUUGCUGGAGAUCUUGAUGUGGCGAAGGAUGCUCUUAUUCAUGUGGUUACACGAUUGAGAGCUAAUAUUUUUGAUAGGGAGGGUGCUCUUCCUACUUUGCUUCCAGUUCUACCAUAUCUUCCUGUAUCAGCAGAUGGUCCAGAUGGUCUAAAUUAUGAAAGUAGAGACAGUAAAAGACAUGGACGUGGUCAUUCUUAUUCUGGCGGUUAUGGUGCGUCAAGUGAUUUGGCAUCUUCUGACAGUUAUGGAAGUUAUGGUGGUUCCCAGAUUGGUGGUAGUGGUGGUGCUUAUGGUGCUUAUGGAGCUUAUUCUUCUGGGCGUACUGGAGGUUCUGGGUUGUCUAGCCAGAACCCUGUUUCUCGACGGAGAAACUAUGGUUACUAGAAUUUAUGAUGGAUACCUGCAGCUGAGAUCUAUGAAGCCUGAAGCCUGCCCACUGCCUCUUUUGAUGAAGCCUUCUGCCUAAACCGGAAGACCAGAUGAACCAGCGUUUCACAUACUCAUGGCCCACCUUGACGCUUCUACUUAAAGGACCAAAUCUAUGUGGAGAUCUUGUUCACUUUUAAUAUUUUCCAUGUCCAUUAGACCAAAUUUACCAAGCUUAGUAUCUUGUGUUCCCUAAAACCUAAAUAGCCAGCACACCUACGUUCCUGGUGUUUUUUCCUGUUGACUUUCUUUAAGAUUACAAAGCCAGGUUGCUUCCAUCCUCCUGUAGCUGUUUUAAUGUUGCAUUUACUUUAUGUUCUCAACUUUGUAGUAAUAAUUUUUCGUGGUUUUUAUACUGAGGUUGAUUGGAAAAACUUACUCUUACUCUGCUGUAGCAGACUUGCUAUAUCUUUUGAUUUGCAGGCAUCGUCAUAUAUCAUGUGGCGGCGGAUUGAUCUUUUCGGGUGCAUCAUUUAUUUUUAAGAUGCAUCCCUAUUAAAAAUGCUUCUCUUUGUUUACCUUUCUUCUGAAAUUAAUUUUCUUUUAGUAAAAAGAUCCUUGAAAUAUAGUUUAAUUAUCCGAUUUGAGCCAGCUGAUUGAACUUAUAGAAGCCACGUUUCCUUGGCUCAUAUAUGACAUGAAAAGAGCGGGAUAUUUAAUGUCAUCUGGUGGUCGUAAGACUAGACAUCAAAUUGGGAUUGUGGGGUCCCAUGUUUUCUAAGCUGCCAGUCUGGUUUAUAUAUUCUAAUCUCAGCUUUGUACCUGGUUUGUGUUAAAUGAGGGGAUGUGGAGCCAUGUUCUUUAGGAUCCAGGGAAAUCAUAAGAGUUGACUUGAAAGCUUUUGUGCCAACAUUUCAUGUAAGCUUGGAACUUCAGGACCAACUAUUAAAAGUUGCCGAUCUUUUGAGACCGAGGGUUCAAGUGGUUCUUUGGAUGUUGAAUGCAUUUAAGGCGGCAAGGUUGCGGUUUUGCUCGAGGGGAGUGCAUGGUUUGCUUGAUCUUUCAAUUCAUAUUUUCUGAUCACUUUUUUAUAAUGCCUGUGUUUUGGGCGUGGGUGGUUGUUUUCAUGUAGGGCAAAUCUCAGGCUGCAGGAACGGGUGAAGAUAAAGGUUUAGUGAAACAAUAUGAAUUCUUCAGAAAGCAGUUUCUUGCAAUUUACAAGUUUGAAAUUUGUUUGCUGAUUUAUGGACGCUUUAUAUUGUCUGUGUUGUGUGAAUUGAUGAUGACCCUACUUAAAUCUCAUUAAUUAAACUU